UGGAGCAAGUGUCAUGGCGCUAACUUCGGAUAUCGAUUUUGGUCCAGUGGGAUGCAGAACGCUCAUUUUCUACUGAUAAGGUUUUCCACUUGUCACCCGGAAGAAAAAUAUCUAAUAUGAUAUCGAUUUUUUUUUACAUUUAAUUAGGUUAACUCAAAAAUUAUUGUAUAUGUGUGCAUAGGUGAAAGUGUUUUUACUGGGAGUGGUCACUGCCAUCUCAAUCUUACACAAAUUUGUAAAUAGUUACAUUUAAAAUGCGAAUAUUGACGUUUAGUAUUCUUUUUAAUGCCCUUCAUAUUAUAUUCGGUGCUGUUGGGUUAAAAAUUUACGAGGCAAACCCUGACACAAAAAGACUUUAUGAUGACUUGUUGUCGAAUUAUAAUAGACUUAUACGCCCUGUGAAGAACAACACCGAAACCUUAACAGUAAAGCUUGGUUUAAAGCUCUCGCAGCUAAUUGAGAUGAAUUUAAAAAAUCAAGUGAUGACUACCAACGUCUGGGUGGAACAGAAGUGGAUCGACUAUAAACUACGAUGGGAUCCAGAAGAAUACGGUGGCGUAGAAAUGCUAUACGUGCCUUCCGAAAAUAUUUGGCUACCAGAUAUUGUCCUAUACAAUAAUGCCGAUGGCAAUUACGAAGUAACGCUUAUGACAAAGGCUACAUUAAAGUAUACCGGUGAAGUGUCUUGGAAACCGCCUGCGAUUUACAAAUCAUCUUGCGAGAUUAACGUCGAAUAUUUCCCAUUUGACGAACAAUCGUGUAUUAUGAAAUUCGGCUCAUGGACGUACAAUGGCGCUCAGGUGGAUCUGAAACAUAUGAAACAAGAAAGUGGUAGCAAUUUGGUUGCAAUAGGAAUAGAUUUAAGCGACUUCUACUUAUCAGUUGAAUGGGACAUUUUAGAAGUACCGGCAUCCAGAAACGAAGAAUAUUAUCCAUGUUGCACAGAACCCUAUUCUGAUAUUACAUUUAAUAUUACGAUGCGAAGAAAGACGUUAUUCUACACAGUCAACUUAAUAAUUCCUUGCGUGGGUAUUACGUUCCUUACGGUACUUGUCUUUUAUCUACCAAGUGAUUCAGGUGAAAAAGUAUCGCUGUGUUCUUCCAUUCUCCUCUCGUUGACGGUGUUCUUUUUACUAUUAGCCGAAAUUAUUCCACCAACAUCACUAGCUAUACCACUUUUAGGAAAAUAUUUGCUAUUUACCAUGAUUUUAGUCACUUUAUCGAUAUGGAUUACCGUAUGCGUUUUAAACGUUCAUUUUCGGUCUCCAUCUACGCACAACAUGUCACCCUGGGUUAGACAAGUAUUUUUAAAUUGGAUGCCGCGACUUUUAAUGAUGCGUCGGACACCGUAUUCAACUCCAGAAUAUGAUGAUACGUACAUGGAUAGUGGAUAUACUAAUGAAAUAGACUUUAGUUUUCCUGAUAGUGUUAGUGAUUACCCACUGGAAUUGAAAGGAAGUCCAGAUGGGUUCGAAAGUGUCACCUCGCAGUAUAAAAAUAUACGAGAAGACGAUGCCCGGCAUAUACCGCAUGCAUCAGUCACUGAUAGUGAAAAUACGAUGCCACGACACUUGUCUCCCGACGUCAUAUCAGCUUUAAAGGGUGUGCGUUUUAUUGCUCAACAUAUAAAAAAUGCAGAUAAGGAUAAUGAAGUUAUAGAAGAUUGGAAAUUCGUAGCUAUGGUUUUAGAUAGACUUUUUCUUUGGGUUUUUACAUUGGCAUGUACUGGUGGAACACUUGGCAUAAUAUUUCAAGCACCAAGUUUAUAUGAUACAAGAGAACCUGUGGACCAACAACUUUCUGGGAUAUCGUUUCGCAAUUAUAUGUAUCCAAAUGUAAAUGCGGCUACGCAAGACGAAUAAACUUUGAGAUUCGUGGAACAUAUGACUCACGUAUAAAAACCAUAAUACAAAAGUAUUAAAUUAUUAAUAUUCUAUUUAUAUGAAUUUUAUCUAUUUUAUUCCUUAUAACUUUAGAUCGAAUUUCACAAACAGAAAGUCUAUAGCAAAUAUAGUCUAAGCAGUUUUAUUAACCCUGAUCCACUAAGAAACUUAAUAAAGAAGCAAUUUCAAGAGGACUCAAAUUUAAUUACAUUAAUAACGCUAGUAAUAUAAUUAACAUAUUUAUAUUAAUAUAAAUAUUUACACCUUUUAUUUUCCUCUUUCAUUUACAUGUCAAGGUUAAUAAGAAGCUUAUACUACAAAAUAAAGAUAGCUUUAUUAUUUUGAUGAAAUUCCACAAUGAUGUUUUCAAUAAUGAAAAACUAUAUUAAGAUAUCUUAUUAGUUAGAUUGAAUUUGAUUUUCGAGACGUUUAUUUACGUUAAUUUACAUUCUUUUCUUUCAUCAAUUAAAAUAAUGUGCAAUCUCUCUCUCUCUCUCUCUCUCUCUCUCUCUCU